AUGCGCAACCUCAAAAUCGUGCGCCUCGCCGAGGUGCAGCUCCAGAAUGAGCUUCCUUUGACAGCAACAGCUUGGGAUACAGCUUCAGAUGCUGUCGUUUGCACAUUUGGACCUUCUGCGUCCCAGCCAGUCAUAGAGCUCCGCAGAAAGCGUCAUGACGCCUAUUUUUCGGCCCCCGUAGGGGCGGAUGCAUUUGAAAUCAUCGCAUCCUGGGAUGCGCCAUGCCCACUACCAGAUCUGGAAUGCGACCGGGUGCUCUCCCUGCACUACUUUGCUGACAAUCUCACUGCCUGCCUGGUGCUGGAAGGAGGUGACAUCGUCAUUGUCCGUGAAGAACCCCUUCCCGGCGAGGACAAGAUUGAGAUUGUGGGUACUGUUGAUGUUGGUAUCACAGCUGCUGCAUGGUCCCCCGAUGAGGAGCUCCUGGCCUUGACUACAAGAGCCAAUACAUUCCUUUACAUGACGAGAGAAUUCGAAAAUGUUGCCGAAAUUACUUUCACGCAGGAGGACCUCCGCGCCUCCCAGCAUGUCUCUGUGGGCUGGGGAAAGCGCGAGACCCAGUUCCAGGGUAAGCGUGCUAAGGCUCUUCGUGAUCCUACUGUCCCCGAGAAGGUGGACGAGGGUAAGUUGAGCGCUAGUGAUGAUGGAAAGACGACCAUUAGCUGGCGUGGUGAUGGUGCUUACGUCGCCGUGAACAGCAUCGAAGCUGGCGUUCGACGUGCGAUCCGGGUUUACUCGAGAGAGGGAACCUUGGAUAGCAUCAGUGAGCCAGUGGAUGGACUGGAAGGUGCCCUCAGCUGGAGGCCUUCUGGCAACCUUAUCGCCGGUAUCCAGCGCCGCGAAGAUAGAAUCGACGUGGUCUUCUUUGAAAGGAACGGCUUGCGCCAUGGAGAAUUCACUCUCCGCCUGACGGAGGAAGAACGGUCGACCUGGGCUUCGAAUAUUCAUUUGAGCUGGAACGUCGAUUCAACGGUGCUUGCGGUGCAAUUCCACGACAGAAUCCAGUUCUGGACAACCGGCAACUACCACUACUACCUCAAGCAAGAGAUUGCAAUUGGAGUGAACGCCGAAUAUCCGUAUCCGUUCUCCUUGAAAUGGCAUCAGGAGAAAGCUCUACGAUUUAUUGCUGGGGCUUCAGGAUCAAUGUUGGAUGUGGACUUUGUUUUCGACGUAUCUCAGGGAUCCACCACCAGCCCGGACGAUGUUGGCGCUGUCGCUGUCAUCGAUGGAAAAAUCCUCAAAUUGACUCCUCUGAGGCUGGCGGGAGUUCCUCCUCCUAUGGCUCACAAUGAGCUGACACUCGACUCGAACAUUGUUGAUGUGGCAUUCAGCAAGUCGGGAACGCGGAUGGCUGUUCUUAUGAAGGAUCGGUUCUCUAUCUUCCUCUGGUCUCUCAAAACGAGACCUGUUCCGUCCCCAAUCCUCGAGUCGAGUUAUCCGUUGUCGGAUGCGCCUGAUAGCCGGCCUCGACAGAUUGCCUUUGUAAACGAACAUGAAGUUUACAUACUCAAGGACGAUGGCCCGAACAAUACUCAAAUUGAACGCACUGCUUUGGAGACACGCACGACUCAGGUUGCUUAUCAGGCAGCGGAUUCGGAGCAAAUACUCUCAAUGUUCGCCUCCCUCGGACAUGAAGCCCUGUGGUUCUCUCACGUUAAGGCGCCUAACCAGCCGGUCACCUACUCCUAUGUCUCCAUGCCUUCCUCCGAGGAGUUCCAGAUUCUACCUUGGCUUGAAAGCCCAACAGUUGAUACAUACUGGGCUAAGGCUGCACAGAUUUCUGAGGACGAGCACGUUCUGGUCUCCAUGACCAGGUCCGGUUCCCUGUAUGCCAACAAGCGACUCCUUGCGAAGAAUUGCACUUCCUUCCUUGUAACUCAGGCCCAUAUCCUGUUUACAACUUCUCUUCACCUGAUCAAAUUUGUGCACUUGACUACAGUGGAAGAUAUGGACAUUCCUCCGGACACCCCUGAAACAGAUGAACGAUGCAGAAGCAUUGAACGUGGCGGACGUCUAGUGACUGUGAUGCCCACAACCUUUGCUGUUAUCCUGCAAAUGCCCCGCGGAAACCUCGAAACCAUCUAUCCCAGAGCUCUCGUUCUGGCCGGUAUCAGAAACUUCAUUGACCGCAAGAACUAUCGGGCUGCAUUCUUGACCUGCCGUAGUCAGAUGGUGGAUAUGAAUAUUAUUCACGACUAUGCUCCGGAGCAGUUCAUGGAGAACAUCCAAUUGUUUGUGGAUCAAGUAAAGAAGAUUGAUUUCAUUGAUGAGUUUAUCUCCCGUCUUAGUGAGGAGGAUGUUUCCCAGACUCUCUACAAAGACACCCUGAAAACACCCAAGGCAGACAACGCGCCGGCCGGAAUUGUUGCAACAGCACCAAACAAGGGCAGCAAAGUCAACAAAAUCUGCGACGCCUUCUUGUCUACCUUGGAGAAGCGCAUUGACACCAACCUGCACAACCUGAUCACUGCGCAUGUCUGCAAGUCGCCACCAGAUCUCGAGUCCGGUCUGCAGUUGGUUGCACGCUUGAGGGAACAAUCACCCGAACAGGCAGACGACGCAAUCGAGCACAUGUGUUUCUUGACGGAUGCUAACCAGUUGUACGAUAACGCGCUGGGGCUCUACGACCUCGAACUCACCCUCCUCGUCGCCCAGCAGGCCCAACGGGACCCCCGCGAGUACCUACCAUUCCUGCGCAAGCUGCAGCAGCAACCCGAACUUCGCCGCUACUUCGAGAUCGACAACUACCUGGGCCGGACUUCCAAGGCGAUCAAGCAUCUGCACGCUCUGAACGCCCACGAUGAACUCCGCGCGUACACAAUCAAGCACGUCCUUUACAAGGACGCCAUCGACCUCUACAAGUACCAAGCGGAGCAACUGCGCGAGAUGACCCACCUCUACGCCGAUUACCUCUUCGACCGGUCCAAAUACAAGGAAGCAGGCAUCGCCUAUGAAUCCCUCGAACUCUACACCGACGCCUACAAGAGCUACCACCUCGCCCACCUCUGGCGCGAAUCCCUCUACUGCGCAAUGCUCGUGCCCCUCACAUCCACGGAGCUAAGCGCGCACGCCACGGCCCUGAUAAGCACCCUAGUCGAAGAAUCCAAAGACUACACCUCAGCGGCAACUAUCCAUGCGGACCACCUGCACGACAUCCCCGCGGCAUCGCGUCUCCUCUGCCGAGCUUCCAAGUUCUCCGAGGCAACGCGCCUCCUCACCCUGCACAACCAAUCCGCGCUAAUCCCCGAGAUAGUCGACAGCGGCCUCGCCGACUCAAUGGGCAGCAUGACGGACCUGCUCGCGGACUUCCGCUCGCAACUCAACGCCCAAGUGCCCCGGAUCCGCGAACUGCGCAUCCGCCGCGCCACCGACCCGCUGGCCUACUUCGGCGGCGACCCUACCCUGGGUGACGGUGCCGCGGGGGUGGAUAUUCCCGACAAUGUGUCGUUGGCGCCUACUGACGCUUCGACAUUGGCGGGCCGGUCCAUGUUCACGCGGUAUACGGGCAACACGGGGAAGACAGGGAAGACGAGCUCGUCGCGCCACACGUCGAAGACGCGGAGGAAGGAGGAGAGGAAGCGUGCGCGUGGUAAGAAGGGGACUGUGUAUGAGGAGGAGUAUCUGGUUAAUAGUGUGAGACGGUUGUUGGAGAGGGCGAAUUCGACGGUCAGUGAGGUGGAGGCGCUGGUUGAUGCGUUGUUGAGGAGGGGGAUGAGAGAACGGGCGGUGGCGGUGGAGAAGGCGAUGAGUGAGGUGUUGAAGUUGUGUAAGGAGAGUCGGGAGGAGGUGUUUGGGGCUUUGGUUGCUGAGGCUGUGGGCGGUGCUGAUGGGGAAGGUGCUGGUGAGGGAGAGAAUGGGGCUGGAACUGCAUUUGGGGAGGAUGGAGUGCCUCAUGCUACUGGAGGACAGAGUGUGUUCUGGGAUAGUGUUACCGCUACAGCAAAUGUUGGGAAGGGGAGGGAGGUGCCGGCGGUUAAGGAGAUUAAGUUGUCGGCUUUGUUGAACUAAGGGGGUUCUCUCUAGGUGUUAUUGCAUUUCAUAACGUUGUUGUUCUUAGGUUUCACCAAAAAGUCAUACAUAGAUCAUUAUAAAAAUUCAUGAAAUCCGUCAUGUG